GCUUACGUCAGCGAGCGGUCGGCGGUGCUGGGUGCGCAGAGCCGCUGGCGCACUCGGCGCGCUACGCUCGCCCCCUCCCCCGCCCGGGCCGUGGAGCGCGCUCUCGCUGGCUGGCUCUCCCUUCAUUUUUUUCUCCCCUCCCUCCCAGCCUCUCUCUCCCUCUCUCUCCCCCCACUCGAGCUCCUGGCUGCCCGCGGCUCCCUCGCGCUCUCCCUCUCUCUCCCGUAGGCUCCACCGUGCGAUGCGAACUCUGGGAGCGAGCGACACCGCCUCCCGCUAGAGACCUGCCCCCCGGCCCGGCCCCCUGCCCAUCCCUGCCCAGCGCGCGGGGGUCGGUGAAGGCGCCGCGGACGCACCGACGGCGGAGGACCCGCGAUGCACAUGCUCUAGCAGCGCCCCUAACUCACUCCCUCCGCACCCCACCCUCCGCCGGCUCUGGCUGCGGCUCCUGCCUCGACUAUUAUUUUAUUUAUUUUGGGUCGUGCACAAGCCUCAGUGCCUGCAGCCCGCGACUCCUCGGACCGCGGGCACCUCUUCCCUCGGCUCCGAAGCCCCAGACCCUGGCCGCCCUCGCCUCGACACCCCCAGAGCCCCGCUAGCUGCCGCGAGCCUCAGCUGCUGGAAUCUUGUUAGCGGCUGUCUUUUGGGGGGGCUCUGUUUUACCGACAUUUUUGUUUUCAGCCAAGAGGAAGAUAUCGUGAUUUUUCCCCUUCAAGCCCAGGCUCUGCUCUUUGGGGGGGUGGGGGGCGCGCCGAGCCGGGGAGCCGUGCCAGCCGAGUCGUGCGGGCUGUGGCAGGGAAGGGGCCACCAUGGGAUGUACUCUGAGCGCAGAGGAGAGAGCCGCCCUCGAGCGGAGCAAGGCGAUUGAGAAAAACCUCAAAGAGGAUGGCAUCAGCGCCGCCAAAGACGUGAAAUUACUCCUACUGGGGGCUGGAGAAUCAGGAAAAAGCACCAUUGUGAAGCAAAUGAAGAUCAUCCACGAAGAUGGCUUCUCUGGAGAAGAUGUAAAACAGUACAAGCCUGUGGUCUACAGCAACACCAUCCAGUCCCUGGCAGCCAUCGUCCGGGCCAUGGACACUCUGGGCAUUGAAUAUGGUGACAAGGAGAGGAAGGCUGACGCCAAGAUGGUGUGUGACGUGGUAAGUCGGAUGGAGGAUACUGAACCCUUCUCUCCAGAGCUGCUUUCUGCCAUGAUGCGACUCUGGGGUGACUCAGGAAUCCAGGAGUGCUUCAACAGGUCUCGGGAGUAUCAGCUCAACGACUCUGCCAAAUACUACCUGGACAGCCUGGAUCGGAUCGGGGCCGCCGACUACCAGCCCACCGAGCAGGACAUCCUACGAACCAGGGUCAAAACCACCGGCAUUGUAGAAACCCACUUCACAUUCAAGAACCUCCACUUCAGGCUGUUUGACGUCGGGGGCCAACGAUCUGAACGCAAGAAGUGGAUCCACUGCUUCGAGGACGUCACGGCCAUCAUCUUCUGUGUCGCGCUCAGCGGCUAUGACCAGGUGCUCCAUGAAGACGAGACCACGAACCGCAUGCAUGAAUCCCUGAAGCUUUUCGACAGCAUCUGCAACAACAAAUGGUUCACAGACACAUCCAUCAUCCUGUUUCUUAACAAGAAGGACAUCUUUGAGGAGAAGAUCAAGAAGUCCCCACUGACCAUCUGCUUUCCUGAAUACACAGGCCCCAGUGCCUUCACGGAAGCUGUGGCUUACAUCCAGGCCCAGUAUGAGAGCAAGAACAAGUCAGCCCACAAGGAGAUCUACACCCAUGUCACCUGUGCCACCGACACCAACAACAUCCAAUUUGUCUUUGACGCCGUGACGGACGUCAUCAUCGCCAAAAACCUGCGAGGCUGUGGCCUCUACUGAGCCCGGCCUCACCACCCAGCAGCCGCCACCCUGCCCACCUGCUGCCCCCUCCCUGCCCUGGAACCACCCUGUGCAUGUGACAUGGCAGCACCGGCGGCUGGCACCCAGGGUUGGGGCAGACCCCCUCCACCAGCUGCCGCAGCUCCAGCCAACAAGCCACGUGGUAACGUGAGAGCCAGGCAGGGGCGCCAAGUGCCCGCACCACUGGCCUGCUUCAUCUCUGAGCAUUUUGUUUGGGGCAGAGGGGUGAGGGGAUCAAUGCCGCCGUUCAGCCCAGAAGGGGCAUGCCCUACACUUGGUGACUCAUAGUCAAAAUCCCAAGGUCUCCUCCUGUCAUGUGGGGCUGCGUCGGUGGUGGCGUGGGCCCUGGUGGCCCUGGGGCAGCGUGCUGGCAGCGGUGGGGGCCGUGAGAGCUACUGCUUAGCUUUUCUUGGGGUCUCCAUCCCCAAAAGCCAGGUGGGACCAGGCCGCCUGCCUGUGGGUCCCAGAUGAGUGCCCCCCUCCCCCGUCCCCAUGAAUCUCAGCCUCCUGGUGCAAGCCUUUCCGUUUCUGGGCUGUCCUUCCUUGCACACCACACCCUUGGGGCUCCCUCCCUGGCCCCCUCCUGGGGAGCCCACUUCCCUGACUAUUCAUAGGUCUGGAAAUGCUUCUGACACUGACUUAAUGUGAAGGCAUGGAGUAGAUGGUAGGAGGGGUUGAGUCCUGCGCCUGGACAGAGGCCAUGCAAGAGGUGGGAGGUGGCAGCGGGGGAGGGGAGGCCGAGGGUCAGUAGCUCUCGGAUUGACUGGGAUGCGGGCCUCCCGUCCAGUCCUUGCAGCCCCAGGGGUGGCCCGUCUACCUUCUCCCGUCACCCAGGUCUCAGGCAGCUGCUUGGAGUGUGAGUAACGGCUUCUGCUUCUUGAACUCACAGUGACUCCAACUCAGACGAGCAGGGUCAGGCAGGGGCCUUUGGGCUCUGGAGCUGGGAGUCCAGGGGAGGUGUAGGCGAGGCCCUGCAACCACUGCUCUGGCUUCCAUCUUAGAGAGAGUCCUGCACGUUUGUCUGCAGCCGUUGGUGUCCUGCCAGCCUCCAGGGGCAGAGGAGGGGCGAUGGAUGGGGCCUCCACCCUGGAGUGUGUGCUACAAGGAGCCCAGGCCUUUCAAACACACACCCAGCCGCCCUCCUCUGGAGAGAGAAUCCUGGGACCCCAUAGAGGGCUUUGCUGCAUGGAUGCCUGAGCAGAAAGGGAUGGGGUGACUUCAGCUGGAGACUCAGUCCCUGGCUGGCCUUGGGCAAUCAAUACGCCUCCCUCUGACUCCUGGGAUCCUUCAGGGGGCUGAUGCCACCAACCAGCCCCCAGGCAGGCCCUGUGUGCCAUCUGGCAUGCUCUGCCUAAGGAGCCAGAUGUACCCAGGGGAGGGGAGAGGGCUGCCCCUUGAGACACCUCUGCCUCCCUCCUCCAGCCCUCUGCUCUGCCAACCUCCACCCUGGGCUCUGCUGGGUCCCAGGGCUGGGCAGAACCCCUGAACCCCCAGUGUAGCACCUUUUGGCUGUUUUAGAGCCAGGAAAAGCCCCAUGCCAACAUCUCUGGACUACUUGGUUCCAACAGGCACAGAGUUCUGAGUGGUGCACAGGAGAACCAGGGCGACCUGCCUAGUGCCAUACGCCUGCAGGGAUGGGUGCCACUGGGGUGAGCCCCUGCCCUGGUCUGGCUGCCACUGGGGUGAGCCCCUGUCCUGGUCUGGCUGCCACUGGGGUGAGCCCCUGCCCUGGUCUGGCUGCCACUGGGGUGAGCCCCUGCCCUGGUCUGGCUGCCACUGGGGUGAGCCCCUGCCCUGGUCUGGCUGCCACUGGGGUGAGCCCCUGUCCUGGUCUGGCUGCCACUGGGGUGAGCCCCUGCCCUGGUCUGGCUGCCACUGGGGUGAGCCCCCGCUUUGGUCUGGCUGCCACUGGGGUGAGUCCCCUCCCUAGUCUGCCUCUCGCUGCUGCCCCUGGCUGCGGGAGCCACCCUGCCAUCCCAAGCCCACUUUGGUUUUGGUCACCUUAUUGUAUGCCGGACCUUGUACCAGGUGCUGGGUGGUGGCAGAGGACAGGCCCAAGUCAGCAGUCUCAAUACCCUGCCCUGAGCAGCUAGGGCCGGUUAAGCCAUUUUGCCCAACACUGAAGACUAACAGUUAUUUCCAGCAUCACCACCCUCUGCCCUGUGACCCCAGACUCAGAGGGAGGAUGCUGGCCAAGCCCCGCCUCUAAGGCCUUCACCCUAGGAGAGGAAGUCCCUGGCCCUGUGGCUCAGGGUUCCCCAUCACCCGGCUGCCUCCUCUAAGCCCAGGGGCCAGAGCAGGAGGCAGGGGGAGCGAGCCGGGCCCCCGCGCCCCAUCUGUAGCCGUAGGGAGCCAGAGGAGUGGGUUGCGCCCCUGUGCCUGGGCCUUCGUUCCAGCCUCAGCUGCUCACUCUCACCCUGCUUGGUUUCUCACGCUGCUCUUGCUCUCCCACCCCUGGCUGCCGAGGGCUCCUUGGCUGUCCGGUGUAUGCCUCACAGAGAAAGCAUCCGGGACGGAGUCCUCUCCCCGCCACCACAUCUCCCACCUGUGUCGUCACUGGGGACUCGACCAUGGGGAGGAGAAGGGGCUCAGGGUGACAGUUAGUUUUGGCUCCGUCGUGGGUGUGAGUGUCGGGAAGAUGUGACCAGACAUGCGCGGGCCUCUUACCCAUGAUGGCCCCGUGUGUGCCCCCAAAUAGGCCAUGCUUAAAUGGCUCUAAUUUAGCAGGCCAAAGGGAAUCGAGCUUCUGGAGUGGGGAGUAGUUGCCAAACCCAUACGCUGUGCCUGCCAUCUAGAUGCUGUGGACAAGUUCUGUGCCCUGAACCAACUGCCUUCAUGAGAGCCAGUCUUGGCCUUCCCAUCGGGGACUGAGAAAGGUCCCCAGGGCUCCGGCCUGCCUGGAGUGCCUGAGGCCCAAGCUGGGGCUCCCUUGAGCCUGGGGCCUAGGAGGGUGUGGGCUUUGCCCCAGCCCUGAAGAGAGAGCACAGCUCUGGGCCCCCCACCAUCCUGGGUUCCGAAUGCCAGAUUGGGUAUUCUGCAAGCUCUUCCUCCCCAGCCUGCCCCCUCUCUCACCCCUCCCUGUUUCCCUCGGUCUGAUCUAGGGGACUCUUCAGCCCCAUUGGUAAAUAGCUCCAGCACAACCCAGGCCCCAGUCUCUUUCCUCCAGACCAGCUAGCGGCCUGCCCAGUGCGCUUUUUGAGAAGUCUGGUGCAUAACGCCUCUUUUGGCUGCAUCUGCUCUUCCCAGAGCCUUCUGGAAGCCUCCAUGCACCACCUGGCAGUUCUCAGGAACUGAGGCCUGAGGUUCUGGCUCCACGGCCACCAGAGUUUCAAUUUGGGGUGCCAAAGGCAAGCACCCAGAGAGUUCGCCGUGUCCGCCUGCGAGCCUACAGAGUGACCCAGGCAGGGCAGGGAGCAGGGCCAGUGUAUGAGCUGCUGCCAAGCAUUGGUGCUCAGGCUUCCCACUCCCCUGGGGGGCUCCAGGGCUCCAGACAGACCCCACCCCAGACACAUGAAGGCCCCAGUCAAGGAAGGGUAGAUUCCAACAGAAGCAAAAAAGAGCCCCCCUCCCCAACCAAAGCCCUGGGCCCUCUGGGUCAGCGAGGGGGUCCCUCUGAAAGGGAAGCCUUCAUCCCCAGGCCCAAUGCAUCAAGACCACCCAUGUGGACCCACAGCCCUUUCUCUGAAGAGCCAAUGGCUCUGUCCUCCCACUGCUCCUGUGGCCCCCUCACUCCCCACCUCUCCCGCAUGCCCCCCACCCUGCUGCUGCCUCCCUCAGCCGUCAGGCCCUCCCCUCAUCUUUGCCACCCCUCAUUUUUCUGCCCCUUCUCCUGGCUUAGCCCCCGCUGUACAUGUCCUCUGCCCCCCAUGCCUCCUCCCCACUCAGUCUGCUCCCCUCCCCUGUCCCAGGCUGGGUGGGCUCUGCGUCCUCCACCUCCUUAGCAAACCUCCCUCAGGUGCAGUGGUCCCUCUUCCCACCCCCACCCCCACCUCCCACCCCAUAUUAACUGUAAUUUUGUAAGAAGAGUGACUUGGUUUAAUAAAUCUCUAGUUAUUGUAAUAAUUUAUUGGCUGCAGUAAUGUAUUUAUUAGUCACCUACCGUUAAUAAAAAGUGCCAGCUUUUCCAAG